AGGGAUGGGUCAGGAGAGGAUCACGCUCCUCCUCUUCCUCGGCUUUCCGCCGUUCGUCACAGCGCCCUCUCUUGGUUGACGAAAACUUAAAGCGCUCAUCCCGGAGCAAGAAACAGAAACUUACCUCUCUUUUGAGCCUAGCAAGCUCCCUCCGCAAAAAUCUAUAAACACCAAGGGAAGUGACUCCUAUGGGUUCACACCGCCCAUAUCAGGAGGACCGAGACUCUAUGGUUAGUGGUGACGAAGGACCCUUUUCUGUCGGCGCCUGCGCAGUGAGAGGCGGCUCCGCAUGCGCGCUGGGUUGGGCGAAGCGCACGCUGAGGAGCUUCGGCGUCCGGGGUUGGUGUUCCGAGACUCCUCGUUGCCACUAAGCAGCACGGCGUGGGACCCUACUUCGGGAUUCACACAUCCACUUCAGAAUGCCGGGUCUAAGUUGUAGAUUUUACCAACACAAAUUUCCUGAGGUGGAAGAUGUAGUGAUGGUGAAUGUAAGAUCCAUUGCUGAAAUGGGGGCCUAUGUCAGCUUGUUGGAGUACAAUAACAUCGAAGGCAUGAUUCUUCUUAGUGAAUUAUCCAGACGACGUAUCCGUUCUAUAAACAAACUGAUCCGAAUUGGCAGAAAUGAAUGUGUAGUUGUCAUUAGAGUGGAUAAAGAAAAAGGAUACAUAGAUUUGUCAAAAAGAAGAGUUUCUCCAGAGGAAGCAAUCAAAUGUGAAGACAAAUUCACAAAAUCCAAAACUGUUUAUAGCAUUCUUCGCCAUGUUGCUGAGGUAUUAGAAUAUACCAAGGAUGAGCAGCUGGAGAGCCUGUUCCAGAGGACUGCCUGGGUCUUUGAUGACAAAUACAAGAGACCUGGAUAUGGUGCCUAUGAUGCCUUUAAGCAUGCAGUCUCAGACCCAUCUAUCUUGGAUAGUUUAGAUUUGAAUGAAGAUGAAAGAGACGUACUCAUUAACAAUAUCAAUAGGCGUUUGACCCCACAAGCGGUCAAAAUUCGAGCAGAUAUUGAAGUAGCUUGCUAUGGUUACGAAGGCAUUGAUGCUGUAAAAGAAGCCCUGAGGGCAGGUUUGAAUUGUUCUACAGAAACCAUGCCCAUCAAGAUUAAUCUAAUAGCUCCACCCAGGUAUGUGAUGACAACAACGACCCUAGAGAGGACAGAAGGCCUCUCUGUCCUCAAUCAGGCUAUGGCAGUCAUCAAAGAGAAGAUUGAGGAGAAGAGGGGAGUCUUCAAUGUUCAGAUGGAGCCCAAAGUGGUCACAGAUACAGAUGAGACUGAACUUGCAAGACAACUGGAACGGCUUGAGAGAGAAAAUGCAGAAGUGGAUGGAGAUGAUGAUGCAGAAGAAAUGGAAGCCAAAGCUGAAGAUUAACAUUUUAGAAACAGUCCAAUUUAAGGAGUACGAAGCAGCCCUUCCUGGCUGUAAACCCUAGACUUGAAAGUUUUCCAGUAUUGAAAACUUCAAAGCUGAAUAUUUUUAUUUCCAAGUAUUUAAGUAUUCAACAAGCCAGAAUCUAAGUGCCCUCCUUCAUGUCAGCUGUUUUCACAUAGUGGCUCUAACACCUCAAGCGGUUUUUAAGGGAGUGGCUUGAUUUGACCAGAGAUGAAUCUUAAACAGCAGUCCUAAUAUUGGGCUUACAGUUUCCAUUUCUCGUGUCUCUGGAAUGGCACCCUUAUGGUUCAGAGAUUUACCAGGGGCUCCAAACACAAUCCCAAUCUUUCUAUAUAAAAUGUAUUCAAGCAAACAUCAAAUAAAUUUCUGGGAUAUUUAA